CUGUAUGGAGGCAGCUCCUGGUUGUGUCUUUGGUGAUUGUGGUCAUUUAGUCACAUGUAUGGAAUGUGGGCAAAAAAUUAAUAACUGUCCAGUGUGCCGAGUUCAGAUCAGACAAAGAAUUAAAGUUUUCAUGUGAACUGCCUAUAUAUAACAGAAAAAACUUGAAGUGAAAUUACAUUGAAAACCAAAAUGGCCAGAACAAAGCAGACAGCAAGAAAGUCGACAGGAGGAAAAGCUCCCAGGAAACAACUGGCCACCAAAGCAGCCAGGAAAAGUGCCCCAUCAACAGGUGGAGUAAAGAAGCCCCACAGAUACCGACCCGGGACAGUAGCUCUCCGUGAAAUCAGGAGAUAUCAGAAGAGCACAGAACUACUCAUCAGGAAGCUCCCAUUCCAGCGUCUUGUUCGUGAAAUUGCACAGGACUUUAAGACGGACCUGAGAUUCCAGAGUGCUGCUAUCGGGGCCCUGCAGGAGGCCAGUGAGGCUUACCUGGUGGGACUGUUUGAGGACACCAACUUGUGUGCUAUUCAUGCCAAAAGAGUCACAAUCAUGCCAAAGGAUAUCCAACUGGCAAGGCGAAUUAGAGGCGAGAGAGCUUAGUUUGACUGAUAUUAUGGAUUAAUUUUCUCUUACUUUCUUACUUUUUACAUACAGAAUUUUAUUGAAUGUUUCAUCUCUAUUGUAUAAAACAUAAAUAAUAAUACUGAAGUGUUGU